AUGAGUUAAAUUAUAGUUGAAUUCGCAGUUCAAACGCAUGGCGAGCUUUACACUGAGAAAGUUCGCAAUGCGCUCAAAGAUGCUGGUAAAGUGCAUAUUGGUGCAGCUGAGGGCCGAGUUACUGUGGGGACAAAAGAGCCUUGGUGCAUUUUAAAGGAAAAAAUCGAAUGCCCAGGUCGAAAAGCCAUGUUAGUCGGCUUUGGUGGGCAGUCUGCUGUGGCGAUUAUAAAUGCAACUGGCAGCGAUGUAGAUCGCACCCCAAUACAGGGCAUAUUACGUUUUAGUGCGCUGACCAAGGAUCAUCCCGGCGUAGUGGUAGACGGUGUUGUGGAUGGCCUAACGCCGGGCUUACAUGGACUGCAUUACAUACACGAGGCAGGGGAUAUAUCCAGCGGUUGCGAAUCGCUCGGCGAGCCCUAUAAUCCACGCGGUUUACCUCAUGGUGGACCAGAUGAUACACCUGAUGCGCGACAUGCUGUAGAUUUGGGUAAUAUACGCGCCGAUGAUAGAGGCCGAGCAACAUUUCGUUUUGUAGAGCCAGUAUUGGCAUGUGUGUGGGAUAUCAUAGGGCAUUCGGUGGCUAUAACAGCUAACGCAGACGAUUUGGGUAGAGGUGGUAAUUCGAAGAGUCGUAUAGAUGGUAACCCAGAUGCACGCAUUGCCUGUGGUAUAAUUGCACGUUCAGCGGGAAUUUUGGAGAAUCUAACAAAAAAAAAAUGCGCAUGUGACGGCGUAACACUAUGGGAUGAACGAAAUAAGCCGAUAGCUGGUGGUGAUCGAGCGCAGAAGUUGUAA